GCCAACUUGCAGGAUGUAUUUCAACUGGGAUGCAUUCGCCGUGAGCAGAGCGACGUCCAGCAAACCUUGAGCGAUGGUUUUCUUCGUCGCAUACUUAUUGGCGUCGAGGCUUUUCUAUAAUCCACAAAAAUCACAAUAGUGUACAAAGAUGGCCCAAAGUCUAAGAAACCGGUUGAAAAUCAAAAAUGAAGGCAGCUCAACUGACUUAACUACAACUCCUAUGAAACCAAAUUUAAGUAUUGACAAAGACUACAGUCCAGUGUAUCUCACCUGCACCCAAGAAUCUCUUGACAAAGUGGAUGUCCUAUGGGACUGGAACUCACCCCAGUCCAAACCACGUACAAAUCGCCGACCUAAAAGAAUCAUAAACCAUCAGAAAUCAUCUCCAUUGCCAUUGAAAAAAACAGCACCAACCACAAACUCACAUCGAACCUUUGAUGAAAUCAGAGAUGAAUUGAUGGCAUUCCGAGAAGAUAUUGUAGAACUAGAUGAUGCAGAAUUAGAUUUUAAUUGUAGUCUUAACAAUAACCAUGUGCCUCAACCCACAGAUGAUCUGUUUGAUGAUUCAUUAGAACAAGAACUGCUGAUGGUAAGCCAACAAGUUGAAGAGAAGCUGAAACACAAUGAAUUGAGUGAUAUAUGCAAACCAUUAGCAGUUACAGUCCUACAAACACCUGUAAAAACAGAAACAACUAAAACAGAAUCACCUAGAACACUUACAAAAUCUUACAGUUCGAAUACGUUGUUAGAUUCGCCUAAUCGAACACCAAAUAGGAGUAAUUUUAGUUUUAAAGGAAAAUUACAACAACAAAAGACUCAUAAUUCAUUUAAUUUGGCUUUGGAGGAGUUUGAUGACACGCUGGACAUGUUUCCUGAGUUACCUACAUCGCCGUUAAAAACCAGUGCUGCUGGAUCAGCAUCUACAUCAACAUCAACAUCAAAUGUUAAAAAAGAGAGUCCUUUGAAGUUUAAAACAAAAAGUCUUAGUUUCGGGCAUACUUAUGUUAAAAAAUCUAAUGAAGAAAUUCUAAGAGAGGAAAUUGAGAAGAAAAGAUUGGCUGCGCUUGCAAAACUCAGAGCUAAACAUGCUCCAAGGGCGACUGUUUUAAGUGAUUCUGAUACAUCGCCGAUAAAAUGCUCACCAGAAGAAAUAGAAUACAAGCGGAAACAAGCACUUGCCAGACUAGAACAAAAAAAGCAACAGGAAUUAAUCGAGCGUAAUCGACUCGAAGCCUUGAAGAAACUAGAACUGCGGCGGAAGAAUCGACGACCUUGAAACACCCGGAGAUUUAUCCCUAGGUUAUAUUCGGUAUUAUUUUAUUCAUUAAUCAUUCCACAUGAAAACAAUCAUUUUCUGCGGCAUUUUCUUACAAAAUCAUCAAUGACCCGGUACUGUACAUAGUAUUACUUCUAAUUAUCCAAUUUUUUAUUCGUUAUCGCUGUUUUCCUGCUGUUGACUUCUUUUGUUCCCAUUGUUUGGUUUCAAUUGACACCUGACAGCAAAAGUACAGCAGGAAAAAGAAUGUUAGCUUUGCGCUGAGUUGACUUGCAAAGAACUGCGCAAAGAAAGCAUCUCCGACUUCCCUACCAGCGAAAAAAUAUGAAUUUGACAUUGCUGAUAUAGCUAAUAAUGGUGCAGCAAUAAUACCAUGCAGUCUUUGCCUCCAUUGAUCACUUAAAUUCAAUUCAUGCAUGAUGUUUGCGCCGAUUUGCGAGUCAAUGAACAGUUUAAAGCAUUUUUCGAUGAUGAUUGUGAUGAGAUUGAUUAUGGUCCAGAUGAGGAUGAAGGUGGCUAUGCCGUGCCAUGCGUAGACGAAGAGGAAGCACACUAUGCUUGCGAGUAUCUGCCGGCGUAGUGUUCUUUGGUCGCCCAUUAAUGGAAUGUAGAUAUAUCUAAACAUGUACAGAGAACAAGACACAAAGUUGAUUUUUUUAUUUUUUUAUUGGUUUACCAAUAAAGAAUAGUUUUGAUUGAUUAA